AUGACUUCAUUAUUAAUUCCGUCAAAUCAAUUGCCUCCAGUUAAUCCCUUUUUAAUAUCUGUAUGUCCUGGGUUCCCUAGUGAUUAUCUAGAAGAAAAUGUCCAUUAUUCUUUAAAUUGUGAAAAUUUACCAAAAUCGACAAGAGAGGUUAUUUAUAAUUCAAGUUCAAUUAAAUUAGAUUCAACUUACUUAAAUGUUUCAAGACCUAGUUUAAAUAAAAAUGAAUCGAAUACUUAUGUGUCAUUAGCGUAUCAUAUUACAAAUUUAUUUAAAAAAAUUGUUGCAAAUGAUGAAAAAGGUUCAGAAAGAAAUUUGCAUAUAGGAGCAAAUAUAAAUCCAUUAAAUCAGGAUCCUUUCAAGUAUUUAACAUUAAAUCCUAGUUGUAUGACAAGAGUAAUUGACUUAAAUACAAAGGUGAAGAAAAAUUCAAGUCCUUUCAACCCAUUUAAUAAAUUGGUAAAUUUACUAAAACCUACAAAUUUCAAAGAUUUAAAAGAACAUACAAGUGUAAAGAUUUUAAAGCUAUCAAAUUACAAUCUAGAUGAUAUUUCAAAAUUAAUCGUAUCAACUCAUGUAAAUAUUUUAAAUGUUUUUCAAUUGGAUAAGAAUAAUAAUUUUGAAAAUACGAAAAAGAUUCAAACUAAAUCACCAAUUAUACCAUUUACUGAAGAAACUAUUAAUGAGAAAAUUAUUGAGGAGCCGAUUUUGAGAAUAAAGUUUGAUGAUGAUUUAAUAAUUACUGCAUUAUCCACGGUAUAUCUCAAAAGUGAAUGUGUUAUAAUUUUAGGUUUCCAAAAUGGUGAUAUAAUGUACUUAAAUUUAAAUGAUUUGAAAUAUCAAAUUUUUCAUUAUAAUCAGGAGUGUAAAAAAAUCAGUACAGAUGGUGUUACAACAAUUGAAUGUAUAAAUCAUCCAAAUUAUGAGUUUUUAAUCAUAGCUGGUUACUCAAAUGGUGAGAUAAUCAUAUUAAAUGUAUUUGGAGAAGUUGAAGAAUAUCAUAAAAAGACAGUUUUUAAGGAUGCAAAUAUAACAUAUUUCCGUCAAUUUGAUUUAUCACCUUUCACAACGAAUCAACAGCAAAUAAUUGGACAUUUUAAAUUAAGUCAUAAACCUAUAACAUCUAUUAGCUCCACACUACCAUUAAAUAAACCAUAUUUAUCUGACUCUCAGCCUUUGUUAGUUGCAAUUGCAUCUGAUGACGGUUUUGUUAAGAUUAUAGAUUUACUAUUUACAUUCGACGAAAAGAAUAUUGUGACUGACGUGAUUUCAAAUUAUUUUAAUUGUUGUAUAACUGAAGUAAAAUUUUCAUUUGAUUAUAAAUUUUUAGUAAUUGUUGGCAACGGUGAUUUAAUUGAAGUUUUCAAAGUGAGUUAUUAUAAUAUAAAUGGAUUAUUAAAGGGAAGAAAGAAAUUGGAUGAAAAUAUUAAUUAUCCACCUAUGAUGAAAGACAUUCAAAUAGUUACAAGAUUAAAAGGUCAUACUAAUACUGUUAAAUCAAUAAAAUUUCUUGAAGAAGAUUCAUCGACAAAUUCUUAUAAAUUAAUAAGUUGUGGUUUUGAUGGAAAAGUAAUUAUUUGGGAAUUUGAUUAUAAGGCAUUGCCUAAAAUAAAACUUCCUACCAAAAAGGAUGUGAAAAAACAUGAAAAGAAACAAAGUAUACCUCAUGCAUUACCUAUCAAAAAUGUUAGAAAUAGUCUAUUAUCACCACCAUCAUUUACAAAUUUAACAAAUUCAACUACAAUGAACAUGACUAGUUUAUUACAACAAGAUGAACAACAACAGGUGAAUUACGAUCCAGAAAUAAUAUUUUCAUUAUACAAAUCAUUAUAUGAAAUUAGACUAAAAAGAUUUUAUAAAAAGAAGAAUAAAUAUCAAAAUAUAAUUUUACCAAUUACAAAUGAUAAACUAGUUCCAUCAAUUAUAAUACCAUCAUGUGUAAUUGAUUUGUCAUGUUUGAUACAUGAUGGAAAAUUAGAUUCUUUUUAUAUAGAUGA